AGCGCCACUGCCAUCGUCCAUCUGGAAUACGAUAGCACGAAUCCUCCUCCCGUUCCAUCUCCGCACUGGACCCGCUUCGUGUGCAUCAGCGACACUCACUCGCGCAUGGUCCAUGUGCCACCAGGAGACGUGCUCUUGCACAGUGGAGACCUCACCAUGGUGGGCAGGUACUCUGACUUCCAGAGGACGAUAGAGUGGCUUGGGGACCUACCCCAUCCCAGAAAAAUAAUCAUCGCGGGCAACCACGACCUGCCACUUGACCACCACGAUGACUGGUAUGAGAAGAACUAUAUGCGCUGGCAUCGCACGCAGAAGCAGAACAUCGGUCUGAUCCAAGACCUCGUCCAAGGGCAUAAAGCACAACGAUCGGGGAUUGUUUAUCUGGAGGACCAAUCGUAUGAGUUCAAGGUCAAGGAGGAGGGACGGAUAUGGACUGUCUACGGAUCUCCGUGGUCACCUUAUUUCCACAAUUGGGCAUUCAACUACGAGCGCGGCAAAGAAGCGGAAAAAAUCGUCUCUGAGUUCCCGAAGGCUGAUAUUCUAUUAACUCAUGGGCCGCCUUACAACGUAUUCGACACGACAAUCAUUGGUGAACACGUCGGCUGCGAGACACUAGCCGCGCGCCUGCCCUCUCUUCGGCCGCGCCUGCAUGUCUUCGGACACAUUCAUGAAGGCCACGGGGCGCUCAUUCAUGAAUGGCCUGCUUCAGAUCCAAACAGUAGCGCCGAAAAACCGGGGAUCGUCGACGAUCAGACGGUCUUUGUGAAUGCGGCGAAUUGGCCGAUGGGGCCCAAAGCGCGUCUUCCUGGAGGUGCAGCAAUACGGUUUGGCGAGGCACCGUUUCAGCCUGUCAUCGUGGAUUUGCUGGAU